AUGGCGGCGAAGAAACAAGACACGUGGGAUGUUUUUAGAGAGAAAAUGAAAGACAAGCGAUGUAAAAAAGGACAACCAGCCGUAAACAAUAAAGGUUUGAGCGCCGGAGAUCUGAUUGUACGUAACGGGGAACUUGUAGUUCAAAGACUGAGCUCGGAAGUAUCAGGCAAAGCCCAAAAAUACAGCCGGAUUGGGGCACGUGAGUUUGUCCCAUUUAACGAAGAAGAAGUCAGUAUUCAUGCAAUCAAAGCGGCAUGCGAAAGACAUUACAAGUCCUUGUCAGAGGAAGGAUUAAAAUGUGACGUAUUAGCAGGAGACCAAGGACCCUCUUGCUUAUCAAUGGAACAUGUUCCUGAUCUUAAAGUAGUCCAUGUCAGAUUCAUCAAACCACAAAUAAAUCGGCCAUCCACUUCGUUUGUAUCCAAAGAUAUUAUGAGAGAAGAAAAUCCCGCAUUCAGUUUCAUGAGUGAAUGUGUUCAUGUGAGAGAAAGCCCUGAUAAAAGGAAAAUUAAAAGUGAAAGAUGUUCAUCGUCUGCUGCAAAAAGGCCUGCCCCCAAAAGCUUGACAGUAUCACAAAUGAUCAAACUGGGAAAGCUAAUCAAGCCUAGCGUUGCUGAUACAACCCACACAAUGAUCAUUGACGUGUUCAGCUUUGAUUUUAGCAGUUUGUCCUGGUCUGUACUCCCACAAACAGUGGAAUUUAUUGUUGAAAAUUCUGUACUUGGAGAAGGUACAGUAUAAGGCGCCAAUCAAUUUAUAGGUUAGCACUCUUUUCCAUCUGGCAAAUUAACCUGAUGUCAUUAUCGGGAAGAUGAAAGAGGUUUUAAAUGGCUAUGUAACUAAUUCAAACCCUACCCCAACUCUAACCGCAACCCUAGUUCUAUCCCUAACCAAAAUAAUAAAAAAAAUGCAAAAAGAAACAGCUUUUGAAAAUUUCAAUAGGGCAGUUUGCUGGAUGGAAAAUAGCACUAACCCAAUGUAUACUGUAAACAUUCAUGAAACAUUUCAUGAAUGUAAAUUUGCGCGACAUUAGCAUUAAAUUAUUAUUAUUAUUACCUAAUGCUUUAUAAAGUUUCCAGGAUGUAUUUAAAGUAUACUCCAAGCCCCAUGUAUUGUGACUCAGCGUCAAAUACCCUACUCUAACAGCUGUUCAAAAGGUCAAAUUUCUUACUCUGGGUAUAGAGCAAUGUGUCAAAUGUUUGGGGUAUGCCCGGGGGGGGGAUGUUAACAGUAUAAAUUGAUUGCAUAAAUAUAUUUAAAUCCUGUAUGACACUAUAGUUUUAGUAUUUUGUUUCUCAGGAACCUACUGAAGAAUGAUAGCUUUUUGUGAAUGUUAUAAAUAUUAUUUAAGGUGGUUUCCGUAAAGCCUACAAAGCUAGCAGCAACACUGCUGGAUUUGAAGGCAAAGAUUGGGUCGUAAAGAGAUACUUAGAAAAAGUUGUCAAUGAGGUGACAAAUGAUCUUGGCCAAUCUAUGGAAGAGCAAACUAAGAAAGUAGUUCAGAUGCACCAUCUUUCCAAAAAUUUUGCUGAUCAGCUUUCGAAAACUGUGAAGCAGAAGAAUAUUUGUGAGAAGUUUGGUCCUGUCAUGCAGUUUCAAAUGGUCUACUUUGGUAAGAUACAAG